UCUGCGUGUUUCCGGAAGACGUGGCGGCUUUUCCCGGGGCUGUUUCCCGGCUUCAUUACUCCUGAUUUCGGUUCGCAUCCUGGGUUCCUGGACGUGCCGUCGUUGCUGUCCUCCCCACUGCAGCCAUGAUCUCCUUAACGGACACCCAGAAAAUUGGAAUGGGAUUAACAGGAUUUGGAGUGUUUUUCCUGUUCUUUGGAAUGAUUCUCUUUUUUGACAAAGCACUACUGGCUAUUGGAAAUGUUUUAUUUGUGGCUGGCUUGGCUUUUGUAAUUGGUUUAGAAAGAACAUUCAGAUUCUUCUUCCAAAAACAUAAAAUGAAAGCCACAGGAUUUUUCCUGGGUGGCGUAUUUGUAGUCCUUAUUGGUUGGCCUUUGAUAGGCAUGAUCUUCGAAAUUUAUGGAUUCUUUCUGUUGUUCAGGGGCUUCUUUCCUGUGGUCAUUGGCUUCAUUAGAAGAGUGCCAGUCCUUGGAGCCCUCUUGAAUUUACCUGGAAUUAGAUCAUUUGUAGAUAAAGUUGGAGAAAGCAACAAUAUGGUAUAACAACAGUGAACUGAAGACUCAUUUAAAAUAUUGUAUUAUUUAUAAAAUCCUUUGAAGAAUAUUCAGCACAAAAUUAAAUUACAUGAAAUAGCUUGUAAUGCUCUUUACAGAAGUUUAAAAUGUCUAUCUACGAAGUACCAACAACAGCUAACAAAGAAGCAAUGAAACCAGGCUUCUUAAUCAGGUGAUCUAAGAAGUCAGCAAGAAAACAGAAGGAGAUGAAGUCUGUUACAGUGGUUUGAAACUCUUGACCUAAGGAGUCAGCAAGCAAACCGAAGGAGAUGAAAUCUGUUACAGUGCAUAUUGAAACUCUUUCCACGAUGUGCAAAACAACCAUCCUUAGAGAGCUGUGGUGCCUGACUCUUUUUUAAUUUUGAAGGUUCAGGAGCACCCGCCCAUAGGCAUUUGCUUUUUAGAAAUGUCCACUGCAAUUGAAGAAAUAUUUCCAGUGGUAAUGUGUCCUCAAAAGUGAUGCAUGAGUUAAAUUGGGUUACAUGAUUGGAUUAUGUUAUUUUAAUGUAUUAAAACCAAGGAAAAACCAGUUUUGAUGUAUGAAUCGCUUUUUUUUUUUUUUUUUGGUAAGCAUAUGGUGAAAAUAAAACUUUGUGAUUCUUCUGAAUCUUAAUAUUUUUAAGCAAGCUGAAAAUCUGAAGUAGGUAUUCUCUGUUGGAAUAUGCAAAGGUCAUUCUUUACUAGCUUUUAGUUUCUAAAUUAUAGCUGAGUGAGCACAUCUUUGGUCAGCAACACGUUCUGGAAAUAUCCUUCUUAAGAGUCUAAGACUGCAUCUGUAUCUUUCAUUACAUAUAGGCAUUUAACAAAAUCAUUCUUGACCAUGAAGUAGUCUGUUACAUAGCUUGUCUUAUUGAAUAGUCUUUUAUUUAAGAUAUAAUUGAUACAAACCAAAUUCAUUUUCCAUGUCAUGAUGUAGGUUUUUUUUUUCUUCUAUUUAAAAAAAAUUAGCGGUGGUUUAUUAUGUUUUUUACAAACUAAAAUAACUAACUAUUGGUAAUGUUUACUUUAAGAUGUAACAUGUUAAGACAUUAAACUUACAGCUAUUUUUAAGGGCUAUUCAUGCGAGCUGAGUGUCCCAUUUUUUCAGUUUUUUCAUAGCAUAAAAAUGAAUAUGUAUGCUUCAUAUGAUCACUCUUCAUCUUGAGAAAAUAUCUGAGUUCACAUGCUGAGGUUAUUUUACUCUAAUUAAACUGGUUAUAGUUUCUUAAAAAUAUGACACUAAAAAAUAAUGCAUUCUCUUCUACUCUUGCUGCUUGUCAGGCGGUAAAAAAACUGGUUGUUUCUUCAGUACUUUUCCACAGUGGCCACUUUGUGGUAGAUAUAGUAACACAUGUCAACAGCCAUAGGACUGUUUUACCACUAAGUGAUUUCACUAUUUACUUUUUUUUUAACAGUUGCAAAGUUUUUUGACACAAAAUCAUAGUUGAAAUUUGUGUUUUUAUACGUACAGACAGGAUUACGAAAUGUAUUCCAGUCUAUGUUACUUUUAAAUUUCUUGAUGCACAGAGAACUCCCAACCUUGCUUGUUUAAAGAAGGAAAGACUUAGUAUAUUAUCUAAUGGUUCAGUCUUGUGGAUUACUGUCUUAUUGGUACUGGCAUAUGGUUUAAGAAAUUAUCUGUGAAAAAUAGGUGAUAUUGACAAAAUAAGACUCCUACCUCAAUAGUUCAUGGGAUAAUAAGAGACCUAGUAUUGUGUCUAAUGUUCUUUGAAAAGUAAUAUCCUCACUUGGAAGAGUGUCAAAUACAUACAUAUUUUGGGGACUGACUUACACAAGUUGCCCAUAGGACUUGUUAUACAUAUUUUUGACUAGCCCAUAUUAUUUACAAAGGCUAGACAAUUCUACUUUUUUAAAGCAAGAACAGUAUCUUAAUGUAAGGAACAUCUGUUAUUAUUUAACUCCUUUGUGGACACAGAUUUCUACCAGAUCUUUUCAACAAUCUUAUUUCAGAAAGCAUCCUCAGACGGAAGCCUGUAAAGCUUUUGCUCAUAAGGUUGAGGCUGGAGCAGUUUUUGGUUUGACAUGAGUCUGGUUAACCUCAAAUGUGAGUGUGGGACUGCAGGCAGCUUUAUGUGUUUUGUAUUCAGAACCAUUGAGGAGGCUGUAUUUUGAAGCGUCCUAAUCCUCCACUAUUUCAGUUUUUCUAAAACACAGCUUCUUCCUUUCCAAAAUUAACCCUCUGUUUCAGUGACAAGAAAAAGAGCACUUUGAUUAUUGCUGUGAAGAAGGAAGAAAAAAGGUCAAAUUCUACUUAGCCUUAAGUGUUUCUGGCAUUGUUCAAAUGUAUUUUCUGUAACAGAAACCUAUUUGGAAUGUUUUUCUUUUCCCCUCCUAAGUUGUAAUUCCUACAAUACUGCUGCUUUAAAAAAAUGUCCCACUCAGACUAUAUGAUCUAACAAUUUAAUAUUGUAAAUAUACUUGUCUUAUCUCUCAAUAAAAGGGUACUUUUCUA